AGUACCUCAAUGCUGUACUUAGGUACAGUUCUGGAGUAAACGUACUUAAUUGCUUUCCACAACUAGACUCCACCAAACAACAGCACCUGCGAGCCUGCGCUGCGUGCCGCUCCACUGUUUGCUUAAUAAACUCAGUCAGGGACACAAACUGUACUGCCGAGCUCCUUUUUUCCUCUCCCUGGAAGCUGAGAUUAAAAUACAAAGAGCUCAAUUAAUCCACGAGCCCCCGCAGCAGCACGGCCCUGUGCCCAUGGCAGCCGACUAGCUAUUUCCUGUUCCACCCUCUUGGCUUUACAGUGAACAGACCUCACUGUGGUGUGUUUGUGGCCAGCAGAGGACAGAUCAGCUCCCUCUGGUCAGCAGUGUGGCUCAAAUCUGCACAGAAGGACACAAAAGUAGCAGACUAUCUCCACUAAAUGGUGAUUUCUAUAAAAGUGAGGACUCUAGUUGCAGUUUGGGCCUCUUAUAUUGGAGUCAGAUGCUUGUGGUAGAUGCAUGAGGACCCCUUUAGUUUUACGUAUCUCUUAGGAAAAGGAAACACCUCCUUUUUCAACAUGAGUCUGGACCAUUCCUGGCUGGUCCCUCCUUCCUUCUAAAGGAUGAGAGGGAGUGGAUCUUAGCUGCUUCCUCUCCGGCUUCCAGUAGCAACAUCAGCUCCUCUGUCACGCACACUGAGUGACCGACAACAACUCACUGCUUCUCCUUUUCAGCGAUGGGAUCUUAUUUAUGUGUUGGCUGAUGAGCAUGGGUCACAUUUGGAGGUAAAUUCUUGAUUCUUCAGAGGAAACUUUGUGGCAGCUCUCAUCCAGGGACCAAGGAUCUGCCUUGAGUGGAUGGUGCAGGAAUCAACUGUAAAGAAAGUCCUGGAGAUGGUAGAUAUUUGAACCCAAGUUGAACCAGGAUGGAGCCUAUUAAGAGAGACAUGGAGCUGCUCAGUAACAGCAUGGCGACCUACGCUCACAUCAAAGCCAAUCCAGAGAGCUUUGCCCUCUACUUCAUGAUGGGCGUCUGUUUCGGCCUGCUCAUGGCGCUGUGCCUCAUGGUGGCGGGCAUCGCCUGCAAGAGGACUCACCGCCACAGGAGGCCUCCUCCGUCUCCUGAGAGGAGGCAGCUGAAGGAGUCCAGCGAGGAAGAGGAGGAUGAGGAGGAUGAGGACGAGGAGAGCAUUGCAGGGGAAGACGGGGAGGAGGCGGAGAUCCCCAAAGUGACAGUGGGGCCGAUGAGCGAGCGCAGCAGCCAGUCCAACGGCACGCUGAGGAGCGUCAACGUGUUUGCGUCCGCAGAGGAGCUGGAGAAGGCGCGGCGUCUGGAGGAGAGGGAACGUAUCGUCAGGGAGAUAUGGAGGAACGGGCAGCCGGACAUCCUGGUCACAGGGACGGGGACUAUUGGUCGGGUGCAUUACCACUAACAGACACUUUGACUGAGACUGCAAAGAGAGAGACAAACGCAGUUGGACAUUGGACAGAAAUAUGUUUCACAUUGAUUUGUAUGGAGACCCAAAGUACUCAAUAUUAAAGGGACGCUCCACCAGAUUUUACACAUGAAGAUCGGUUUACUCAUCAUGAGGAAUAUGACUCAACCUGUGAAAACAGUUGUUAAUGUCUUUUAUAUCUCUGUAAGGAACUCAGUGAAGUCUGAAAAAGAGAAAUUAUGUGUAACACACUGGGGGUGUUUGGGUUUAAAGAUGUGGACAUUUACCGGUCAGGGAGGGUCUAAUGAAAGAAGAUAUCAAGUUGCAUCAUGGGAAUUGUAGGAUCCAGCAUUCCUGGAGCUUGAGCCAUACAGAGAACUGAAAAGUCGAGAUAUCCUCUGCUGCAUCAAUCUUGACCUUUUUUUUUUUUUUUUAUUAGUCUGUCUCCAAAGUUACGAAAGUGAAAUAUUAAAUUGCUGGAGUAACCCUUCAAAAUAAAUAAAUAAGACUUUAAAUUUAUGAUAUGAAUAAAUACAGAGAAAAUAUGGAAUAUAUCAAUAACAUUUUUAGUAAUCCAAUACAUUUUAAAGCUCAAUAUAAUUUAAUAUUACUUCAUCUUGCUUCUUUUCACUGAAAAGUAGUAUUAUGAAAUAAAAUGAAUUGUGAACAAUUGAAUUGUGAAAAAUGACAUUUAAUAAGAAUAAACUUAAAAAUUAAUUAAUUACCUGCAAUAACCUCUAAACUGUUAUUGUGAAAAUAAGCAGGAUGAAGUAACAUGUCAUAAUAAAAAGGCUUUUUAAGGGUUUUGAGACAUUUUCACAAUUUCAUUGUUAAAUUACACAUUUUGUCUGUAUUUUUGAAUAUGAUUAUUUCAUAAUGUCUUAUUGGUUAUUAAUAUUGAACACAUAUUUCUUGUGACAUAUGACAGAUGUUGUAUGCAUAUUUGGCCUCAUCUGUAUUUUACUCCAUGUUUGUAAUGUGAAUCAAUAAAAGUUAAACCACUUUUUGAAUCAACACCUGAACAUUUUAAUUAGUUAUUAGUAUUAACACCCGAUUUUGACUUGUUGAUGACACUAGAUGAAAAGUUGAGGGAUCACCAAAAUUACUGCAAUUCAUCCUCUGAAGAACAUGAAUGGCUGCACCAAAUUUCAUGAUAAUCCAUCCAAUAUCUUUUGAGAUAUUUCAGUCUGGACCAACCAAAUGACAUCACUGGAGCCACGCUGCUUGCA